GCUUAAGGCCGGCGCAGAUCCGAAUCUCGUGGUGCGCUCCGAGUCCAUGCGUCGGGUGAGCACAAGAUACAUGGACAAUCAGCUGGACGUGUUGUUCAGAAAGCCUGGUGAAGCAUGUUUGGAAAGCACAGGCCAUGCACUGCUGCGUGCCGGUCGUCCCAUCCACUUCGCAGCCAUGUUCGGCCACAUCGAGCUUGUAGAGCUCUUGUACAAGUGGGGCGCGGAGGUUACCUGCGAGGCCGGCCAAUGCAUCCAACCAGUAGACCUGGCUCGCGCACAAGGGCAUCAGGCGGUGGCCGACUUCCUUUUGGAAGCCGCCGGCGAUGAGUUCUUUGCUGUGUAA